AUGGACUCUUGGGGUCGGCGCAGUGCCGGAGUUGCCUCUCUCACGUUGCAGUCCCUGGGACUUUUGCUCCUCGCAUUCCAGAACCCUCCGGCUGUGGUCGCCUCAGCCGUUCUGACCGGUUUGGGCAACGGCUUGGGCUCGGGACUGCUGAUGACGCUUGGUGCUGACCUCGCCCCCCAGGGCCCCGGGCAGGGGGCCUUCAUUGCAGUGUAUCGGCUGCUGUUCACCAGCCUGGACUUUAUCACUCCGGCGUUCCUCGGCAUAUUGACCACUGCCUCCUCCCUUGAGGUGGCAGAGCUCACCACAGGUGCCAUCGGCUUGCUUGGCGUCGUGUGGCUGUUGCUUUGCGUGCCGGAGACUCUUCAGACGCCAGCUGGGGCCAAGUCAAGCACAGAAAGCAGCAGCAGCUGUAGCAACAGCAGUAGCAGCAGCAGCAGCACCGAUACCGCCAAGCAAGAAGCAGCGGGCCAGCAAGUGUGA